CCAUUCGAUCCCGGUGGCGGAAUUGGAGGCCAGAAUUAGAGACAGCAUCCAUCACGUUAGAUGUUUUAGAACUGUGCCUUGGGUGAGCAAUUGCAGGGUGGUUGUCCCUUGUAUAAGAGAAGCUCCCCGCACCUGGUCACACCCCACUUUCUUAUCACCACAAUUUUCUCCCGCCAUUCCGUCAUUCAUUUUUUUGCGACUUCCAACUCAAUUCUGCAAACAUGCCUCACGCGGAUUCUUCCUAUUUCGGGUCAACCAACGGCACUAAAGCCGAGAUCUACACCCAGGUCAUUCAGCAAGCUCAGGGCCUUGUCACAGGCCAGCGCAACUGGGUCAGCAAUCUAUCCAACGUCGCCUCUCUACUCUGGCACGCCUACGCCGCUCUCCCCGCCCCUUCAUCGUCCGUUAACUGGGCUGGCUUCUACAUCCGUCGCGAUAAGUUCCCGUCCUCCAAUGCGUCUUCUACAGAGGCCGGUGCCACACCGGUAACAAACACCCUCUGGCUCGGUCCCUUCCAGGGUCGGCCGGCGUGCCAGGAGAUCCGGUUUGGGCGCGGUGUAUGCGGCGCUGCGGCGGAGAAGCGCGAGACGGUUGUUGUUCCGGACGUGCUGGAGUUUCCCGGGCACAUUGCCUGCGAUGCGAGCAGUCGGAGUGAGAUUGUGGUGCCAAUCUUGGCGGGCGGAGAGACUGUCGCAAUUAUUGAUAUAGAUUGUACGGAGCCGUCGGGCUUUGACGAUGAGGAUAAGAAGUACCUCGAGGAACUGGCUUCACUCCUUUCGGAGAGUUGCGAUUGGUAGACUGGGUAUAUAGAAAUGGAAACUACCUACCAGGCAUACUGCUCUUCGCAUUGCGCACUCCUAGCGAGCUCAGGUACUGCGGCGCUCCUUCCCAGAUAAUUAUUUCUAAGAAUAAAAAGUCCCGUCAGAGUGUCAGCGGCACAUUUGAAUGUUAUUUCUCCCAUCAUUCUAGCAAUUCGCAUAUUAGCAAUAUAUUAUUAUCGUUUCCAGUCG